AUGUUUGAGAUUCUUCGGAGCACCACGUCAGCCAUGCGUUUAAGAAUAGUAAGAUCUGUACAUGGUCUCGUUCUACGGAAAAUGGCGGGGAGCACUAAGACAGAAUCAUCUGGGAGCAAGUGUCUGGGAAGCGUUUCUGCUGCAUCAUUCUUGAAGUUGUCCUCUGGCCUACAUAUUUAUUCUGAGUUUCUCGAGACAGCUAAUGUCGGUGAAAAAAUCAAAGCCACCUUGGCUGCUCCUGACUUUGGAGGCGCCUCCGUUACCAUUCCCUUCAAACUCGACGUCAUACCCCUGCUUGACAAGCUUUCGCCAGCCGCUGAAGCUAUCGGAGCUAUGAACACCAUUAUACCGGCCACCGAAGGAGAAAACCGCAUGCUCCAUGGUGGCAACACCGACUGGCUCGGCAUUCGUGAAUCCAUCCGCUCUCGUGCGCCAUCUAUCGGUGCAUCCGCUGCCGCCCUCGUUGUCGGCGCAGGAGGAACUGCUAGAGCCGCCAUCUUUGCGCUUCAGUCCUUGGGAGCUCAACGCAUCUACCUGUUCAGCCGAAGCCUGAUCGAGACCCUUGAUGUAUGGCCUGCUGAGGGGCCUGCACCAACUGUCAUCGUAUCCACCGUCCCAGCAAGUGCGACAACUACCGACAGCACUAACCCAGGUGCCGUACUCCUUCCGUUGGCGUUGUUUGACGCGACCGUGAACGGCGCGGUCGUGGACAUGGCAUACAAACCUGCAGAGACACAUCUUCUCACGCUCGCGAAGAGUGCAGCUCCCAAUUGGGCAAGGGUUGUGGGGGUUGAGGUGCUCCUGGAGCAAGGUUAUGCGCAAUUCGAAACUUGGAUGGGACGCAGAUGCCCGAAGCAUGUCGUGUCGAAGAGUGUGGUGGAGAAAUAUUUUGCAGCUGCCUAGGUGGAUUUGUGUCUGUAUCUGGUUGUUAAAAGGUUGUUGAUUAGCUUGGUAUCAAUACAUGUAUGUUGUACGAUCUAAAUGGCUAUCGAUGCAAUUUGUUUCAAAGUUCCGAAUUCUCUACUACACAGGAGGGAGGGCAUUUAUCUUCGACCAAUCCGGGAUAGAACAGUCCUGCACCGUCCCUUCCCCCUUUCCUCCCGUUUUAUUCUCUGUUGAGCCUCUGAUAUCAUCAACUCCAAAACGACUGUCCUCUUUCUUUGUGUUCUGGCUAGGGGAGACUAGAUCAACUCACCACAUUCUCCUCUAUCAGCAUGUUUUGUAGACACUCACUUCUUUUUGCUACGCUGUU